GAAGAAAAGCCUCUCCUCACAAAGAUCAUGGCUGCCCAUAAACCCCGAGCCGUCAGGCGGCGGUAAUGCCCUCGGUGUGCUCUGACAGCUGAAAAAAAAAAAAAGGUCUGCGGACACCGGAAGUGUUCAGUAACACCGUGGAGAGGCGAGAAGAUCAGCUCUUUGGCAAACAUGGGACGCCACUUUGGAAACUUGGCCAAGGUCAGGCAUAUAAUCACUUACAGUCUGUCCCCCUUUGAGCAGAGGGCUUUCCCCAACUACUUCUCCAAGGGAAUUCCAAACAUGUGGAGGAGGUUCAGAUCGUCUUUCUUCAGAGUUGCAACCCCAAUGGUCGCCGCGUGUCUGACCUACAGCUGGGCCACUGAGGUGCAUCAGAUGAGCAAGAGGAAGAAUCCAGCUGACUAUGAGAACGAUGAGUGAACACUCACCACCUUUCUUAACCGCCCCCUGUUUAUAAAUCCAAGUCUGUAUGUCUAACCAAUAAAAAUGGAAAAUAUUCACGUGA